CCAAAGUGGAAUUACAAAAGGUGUUACGAAAGCCCUCCAGUGGCCCCCAGGGGUGUGUUUAAAUUCAACGUUGCGUGGAAUUUUUUCCCCCCGGUGUAACCACUCCGAAUCCACGAGAGGAAGAAAAAUACGGAAAACGAAAUAUUGGAUACUAAAAUCGUUGAGCGCCAGUGUCGUCGUAACGGAAGUGGAAACCGACUGGUUUUCGUCGAGACUCGGAGCUACAAUACGAUCCCCAUCCCAUUCUUCAGCGAAUAAAUAACAUAAAAGGAAUAACGAGAAAACCCGGAAGAGAAGAAGAGGCCGGAGACUGCAAAGAGAGCUUCACGCCUGCGCAACGAGGAAUAGAGGGGUUGUUGAAUUCCAGAGGAGGAUUGCUCGCCUAUUCCAAUAUUCCAGCCGUGACAACCCCCGUCGUCCCGACUCUUCCGUGUCCGCGGGUGUCUCCAGUCGGCACACGAACCUCAACAGGAGAUUGUCGCGCUGGUACCGCGAUAACGACGAUAAACAUGCAAAGAAGAGGCUGGUUUACGUGACUGGUUGCCCUUCCUUCCCCAAUAAUUUUCAUCGUAAUUUAGUUGAUUUGUUGAUUAGUUGUGAAUUGAAGUGAGUGACAGCGGGGUGAGUUUGGUGAAUUUUUUCAUCUCGAAACAGGUGUAUUUGUGAUACGCACGAUCCGGUACACGAGGUCAGAGGAUGGCUGACAGCGAGGGUGGAUCCGAACAGGAUGACGUAUCAUUCCUUCGUACGGAGGAUAUGGUAUGCUUAUCCUGCACGGCCACAGGAGAAAGAGUAUGCCUCGCUGCCGAAGGUUUUGGUAAUCGUCACUGCUUCCUGGAGAACAUAGCCGACAAGAAUAUACCUCCCGACCUUUCACAAUGUGUCUUCGUGAUAGAGCAGGCCCUGUCAGUACGUGCCCUGCAGGAGUUGGUCACGGCCGCUGGCUCCGAGACGCAAGAAGAUACCCUAGGGAAAGGUACGGGAUCAGGACACAGAACUCUAUUAUAUGGAAAUGCUAUUCUCCUCAGGCAUCAAAACAGUGAUAUGUACCUAGCAUGUCUAUCAACAAGUUCAUCCAAUGACAAAUUGGCGUUUGAUGUAGGUCUUCAAGAGCACUCACACGGUGAGGCUUGUUGGUGGACUGUGCAUCCAGCAUCGAAACAGAGGUCUGAGGGUGAAAAAGUUCGCGUCGGUGAUGACCUUAUUCUCGUAUCAGUUGCCACUGAGAGAUACUUGCACACGACCAAGGAGGAUGAUCUCUCUGUGGUGAAUGCAUCGUUUCAUGUUACACACUGGUCGGUGCAACCCUACGGAACUGGAAUAAGUAAGAUGAAAUACGUUGGAUAUGUAUUCGGUGGGGAUGUAUUGAGGUUCUUUCAUGGGGGCGAUGAGUGUCUGACUAUACCGUCGAGCUGGACUCCUGCGCCAAGUCAAAAUAUCGUCAUCUACGAAGGUGGUAGUGUAAUGAGUCAAGCAAGAUCUCUAUGGAGGCUCGAAUUAGCACGAACAAAAUGGGCCGGUGGUUUCAUAAAUUGGCUCCAUCCAAUGAGAAUAAGACAUCUGACAACUGGGCGAUAUCUCGGCGUCAAAGAAAAUAACGAGCUCUACCUGGUCGAUAGAAACGACGCUACGAUCGAGACUUCGACUUUCUGGCUGCGUCAGGAGAAAGACGACCAGAAGAUUAUACUUGAGGAUAAGGAUCUUGAAGUCAUUGGCCUGCCGAUUAUCAAGUAUGGAGACUCAACUGUCAUCAUGCAGCAUUCUACGACGUGCCUUUGGGUCUCUUACAAGUCAUACGAAACGAAGAAAAAGGGAGUGGGUAAAGUGGAGGAGAAGCAGGCGGUGCUUCACGAGGAAGGAAAGAUGGACGACGGUCUUGAUUUCUCAAGGUCCCAGGAGGAAGAGUCAAGGACUGCGAGAGUCAUCAGGAAAUGCAGCAGUUUAUUCACUCAAUUCAUCACAGGCCUAGAAAACCUACAGAUCGAUCGAAGGGCUUCCAUGUUCUUCCAAAAUGUUAAUUUGAACGAGAUGGUGAUGUGCCUGGAGGACUUGAUCAACUACUUUGCUCAGCCGGAGGAUGAUAUGGAACACGAGGAGAAGCAAAACCGUUUCCGAGCCCUCCGCAACCGUCAAGAUCUAUUCCAGGAAGAGGGCAUUCUCAAUUUAAUCCUCGAAGCAAUCGACAAGAUAAACGUUAUUACAUCCCAGGGUUUUCUGGUGGCCCUCUCGGGGGACGAGAGCGGCCAAGCAUGGGAUCAAAUAUCCGGCUACUUGUACCAACUCCUGGCAGCAAUAAUCAAAGGGAAUCACACCAAUUGUGCCCAAUUUGCCAACAGCAACAGAUUGAAUUGGCUCUUCAGUAGGCUCGGCUCUCAGGCGUCCAGUGAGGGCACAGGGAUGCUCGACGUACUCCACUGUGUCCUCAUUGACUCGCCAGAGGCGUUGAACAUGAUGAGAGACGAGCACAUCAAAGUCAUCAUCUCACUCUUGGAGAAACACGGCCGCGACCCCAAAGUCCUUGACGUCCUGUGCUCUCUGUGCGUGGGUAAUGGUGUGGCCGUCAGAUCCUCCCAGAACAACAUCUGUGAUUUCCUCUUGCCCGGCAAGAAUCUCCUACUGCAAACCCAACUAGUGGACCACGUGGCCAGCAUCAGGCCCAAUAUCUUUGUCGGUCGAGUCGAAGGAUCGGCUGUUUACCAGAAGUGGUACUUCGAAGUGACGGUUGAUCACAUUGAGCAGACUAGCCACAUGAUGCCACACUUGAGAAUCGGUUGGGCAAACACUACUGGUUACGUUCCAUACCCGGGGGGUGGAGAGAAGUGGGGUGGCAAUGGGGUGGGCGACGACUUAUACUCAUUCGGUUUUGAUGGCGCAUUUCUGUGGACCGGUGGGAGGAAAACUCCAGUCAUGCAGAACGCCACUGCUCCCUACAUCAGGAAGAGCGAUGUAAUUGGUUGUGCGUUGGAUCUCACAGUUCCCGUCAUCACAUUUGCCUUCAAUGGAGUGCCCAUCUCAGGGUCAUUCCGGAAUUUCAAUCUAGAUGGUAUGUUCUUCCCGGUUAUCAGUUGCUCCUCGAAGCUAUCCUGCAGGUUUCUGCUCGGUGGAGACCACGGAAAACUCAAGUUUCAGCCACCGGAGGAGUUCUCACCACUGGUUGAGAGUCUUUUGCCUCAGCAAAUAUUGUCUCUUGAUCCUUGUUUCUAUUUCGGAAAUAUGAAUAAAGUGGUUUUGGCUGGGCCCUGGCUCAUUGAAGACGAUACGGCGUUCGUGCCAGACCCCAUAGACACCAGCAUGAGUAAUCUUCCUUCGGCUGUUGAGGAUAUUAGGGAUAAAUUGGCUGAGAAUAUUCACGAGAUGUGGGCCAUGAAUAAGAUCGAGGCUGGCUGGGUCUUUGGGGAGCAGCGAGAUGAUCUGAGGAGGAUACACCCCUGCAUCGUCAAGUUCGAGCAUCUGCCCCUUGCUGAGAAACGAUACGACACGCAGCUGGCGGUGCAAACACUGAAGACAAUCGUUGCGUUUGGAUAUCACAUUUCCAAGGAACCACCUCGCUCGAGGAUUAGAAACCUGAGACUUCCGAAUGAACCCUUUCUGCAGAGUAAUGGGUACAAACCAGUGCCUCUUGACCUCAGCGAUGUGACACUGACGCCGAAGAUGGAGGAGUUGGUGGAUCAGUUGGCUGAGAAUACUCAUAAUCUGUGGGCGAAGGAGAGAAUCAGUCAAGGGUGGACGUAUGGACUCAAUGAGGAUUCCGAUAUGAGGAGGAGCCCGCAUUUGGUGCCUUAUGCUAAAGUUGAUGAGGCCAUUAAAAAGGCUAAUAGAGAUACUGCAAGCGAAACUGUCAAGACACUGCUGGUUAAUGGGUAUAUUUUGGAUCCACCCACUGGUGAUCAGCAUGAAGCUCAACUCCUCGAAGCGAACAAACUCCGACAACAAUAUUUCCGAACAUACAGAGUAGAGAAACACUACGCAGUGAGCACUGGCAAAUGGUACUUCGAAUUUGAAGUAUUAACAGCUGGACCAAUGCGAGUGGGCUGGGCGAAAUCAGACUGCGCCCCUGGGAACAUGAUAGGAAACGACGAGAACACCUGGGCCUUCGACGGGUACAACGAGGAAAAAGUAUACUCGGGCAACGCCGAAACGUUCGGCAAGCAAUGGCAGGUUGGAGACGUUGUCGGUGUAUUCCUGGAUCUUAUUGACCGAACAAUUAGUUUUUCUCUGAAUGGGGAGCUCCUUAUGGAUGCACUGGGUGGAGAAACAUCUUUUGCUGAUGUCCAGGGGGAUUCAUUUGUCCCUGCAUUUACACUCGGUGUUGGACAGAAGGCGAAAUUCACGUUUGGACAGGAUGUUGAUACUCUUCAGUAUUUCACUACUUGUGGGCUUCAAGAAGGAUAUGAACCUUUCUGUGUGAAUAUGAAUCGCCAUGUGACCUUCUGGUAUACCAAAGAUCAACCGAUUUUCGAGAAUACCGAUGACAUGGCGGACACCAGAAUCGAUGUUGCUAGGAUCCCAGCAGGUUCAGACAGUCCUCCCUGUCUCAAAAUUUCUCACAACACGUUUGAGACGAUGGAGAAAGCUAAUUGGGAAUUCCUCAGAUUAUCACUACCAGUUAUCUGCCAAUCGAGUUUCAUUACGGAGAGCGAGAAGAUUCGCCGCGGGCAGGAGAUCAAAAUGAGGCAGAGUCGAUUGCUCGCCGAGCAGAAUGAGCAGGCGCAACAAGCUGCACAACCGUCUGCUCAUAUGGAACAGAUUAUGAAAUCUGGGUUUAGCAUGAGCGAUAUCAAAGGACUGCAAAGAAAUUAUUCUGAUGAUGCAGCAGAAGACAUGCCAAUGAGCGAAUCCCCAAUGCCAAUGAGAAAUAGACCAUCCAGGCCACCAAGGAGAAAUUCCCUUUACGGGUCUCGUACUUUGAAUAAUGCAAACAGUGAAGGAGAGAUGGUGAAUGGAUAUGAGGAGAUGAACGGAGAUGUCAAAGACGAUAAAAAAUCCAAACGUGGAAAAUCACCGUUUCGCAAGCUUAGCAAAGAGAUGGAAGAUAUUGAGUUUUUUUCAAAGAAGAACAAGUCUCCUGAAGCAAAGGCUAAAACACCAGAUCCCCUUGCCCGUUCAGAUAUGUCUGACAGAAGUGGAAAAGGAGUUUCUGUGGGCAGACUGUCGUCAAGACCACCUCCUCAAGUUCGUGUAUCAAACACUGACUUGAAAGUAGUACCGCCCGCCAUACCAGACCGCACUCCAACCGCCCCCAAAGCGAUGUCUGUGAAUUUGACAGGAACUGGAGUAGAAGCCAUUGGAAAUGAGCUCUACGAUGCCGAAUGUUUGAAGCUAAUGAACGAAUAUUUCUACGGAGUGAGAAUUUUCCCUGGUCAGGAUCCCACUCAUGUUUACAUUGGCUGGGUCACAUCGCAGUAUCAUCUCCACACGAAAGAUUUUAAUCUUAAUCGUGUCAGGAAGGCUUCAGUAGUGAUUGUUGAUGAUUAUGAUCGUCCAGUUGAACAGGUGGACAGACAAAGUUGCUACAUGGUACGUGCAGACGAUUUGUACAACCAAGUAACUCAAGACGCAUCAGGAAAAGGUGCCUCCCAAGGAAUGUUCGUAGGUUGUUUCGUCGACACAGCAACCGGACUGAUCUAUUUCACCUGCGAAGGAAAGGAGACAAGUCACAAAUUCAAGAUGGAGCCAGAUACAAAGCUCUUCCCAGCGAUUUUCGUCGAAGCAACGAGCAAAGAGAUCCUGCAAAUAGAACUUGGAAGGACCUCGACGACUCUGCCAUUAUCUGCAGCUGUCCUCCAAAACUCAGAUCGUCAUGUGAUUCCUCAGUUCCCUCCGAGACUCAAAGUCCAAUGUUUGAAGCCCCAUCAGUGGGCUAGAGUGCCAAAUCAAUCCCUUCAAGUUCAUGCUCUGAAGCUCUCCGAUAUCAGGGGAUGGUCAAUGCUCUGCGAAGACGCUAUUUCCAUGCUCGCACUUCAUAUUCCCGAGGAGGACAGGUGCAUUGACAUCCUCGAGCUCAUCGAGAUGGAUAAACUCUUGAGUUUCCAUGCACAUACAUUGACAUUGUACGCAGCUCUCUGUUAUCAAUCGAAUUAUCGUGCAGCCCACGCGCUCUGCCUUCACGUCGAUCAGAAACAAUUGCUUUAUGCUAUUCGAGCUGAAUACAUGUCUGGCCCACUUCGUCAAGGUUUUUAUGACCUUCUCAUUGCUCUGCAUCUCGAGUCCCAUGCUACCACCAUGGAAGUUUGCAAGAACGAGUAUAUAAUCCCUCUAGGUCAAGGAUUGAAGGACCUCUAUGAGAAUGUAGAAAUGCGACAUAGUUUACGAUAUUUGGAGACAGAAUCCGUACGUCCACAGAUGAAAAUGACGGACAUCAAGGUACUUCCUUCCAGUGAGAAUCAGAGCAUCGAGAAUAUCCGAAGUCUGUACAGCCCGUACUUCCCACUUGACAUUGUUCGUGACUAUGUGAUGAUGGCACUGAAGGAGGCUGUCGAAGUUAAUCAGGUGCACAACCGCGAUCCCAUUGGUGGCAGUAACGAGAAUCUCUUCCUGCCUUUAAUAAAACUUGUAGAUCGCCUGCUUCUGGUGGGGAUGCUGAGGAACGAGGAUAUCGAGAAACUUUUGAUUAUGAUUAAUCCUGAAACUUGGGAUCCAACAUUUGACAAAGAGGGUAAAGAUGAGCACAGAAAGGGUCUCCUGCACAUGAAAAUGGCGGAAGGAGCAAAGCUCCAGAUGUGCUACCUCCUGCAACACCUCUGCGACGUGCAGCUGCGUCACAGAGUCGAGUCAAUAAUCUCCUUCAGUCACGACUUCGUCGGCGAGCUACAAUCCGAUCAGUUGCGUCGUUACAUCGAGAUAAAGCAAUCUGAUCUGCCCUCGGCAGUGGCAGCAAAGAAGACCAAAGAGUUUCGUUGUCCCCCUCGAGAGCAGAUGAACGCGAUCCUAAGCUUCAAGAACCUGGAAGACGACGAUCCAGACAACAUGCCCUGUGGCGAGGAAAUGAUCACGAAGAUGAACGACUUCCACAAUGAACUCAUGUCCUACGUUUCCCUACAUGCUCUCCAAGAAGCUGCUGAUGCCGCCAACGACGUGGAGGAGAUUGAGAAGCCUGGAGCGAUGAAAAGAGUCCUGCAGAUGAUCACAAGCUCCACGAAAGAACCGACUGAUUCCGAGAGUGAGAAGCAACCUGUUGUUGAACCAGAGAAGAAAACACCUGAGGAGGUCUUCAGGAAGGUCCUCAUCUCAACGAUCACGAAAUGGGCUGAGGAGACUCAGAUAGAAACUCCGAAAUUAGUUCGAGAGAUGUUCAGCCUUCUUGUCAGACAAUACGACACAGUGGGAGAAUUAAUUCGAGCGUUAGAGAAGACCUACGUAACGAACAGUAAAACUAGGGAGGAUGUUGCGCAGAUGUGGGUGGGAUUGAGCCAAAUACGAGCGUUGUUACCUGUCCAGAUGUCCCAGGAAGAGGAGGAACUGGUGAGGGAACGACUCUGGAAACUAGUGAACAACCACACGUUCUUCCAGCAUCCGGACUUGAUCAGAGUUCUCAGGAUCCACGAAAAUGUGAUGGCUAUCAUGAUAAACACUCUUGGAAGGAGGUCCCAGGCUCAAUCCGAUGCUCAGGCCCAGGCUCAAGUGGCUGAGGGAGAGGCCCCUUCGAAGGAGAAGGACACUUCGCACGAGAUGGUUGUUGCUUGUUGCAGAUUUUUGUGCUAUUUCUGCAGGACCUCGAGGCAGAAUCAGAAGGCCAUGUUCGAUCAUUUUGACUUUUUGUUGGAGAACAGUAAUAUUCUGCUGUCGAGACCAUCACUGAGGGGCUCCACUCCUCUCGAUGUUGCGUAUUCCUCGCUGAUGGAGAACACUGAGCUUGCCCUGGCGCUCAGAGAACAUUAUCUCGAGAAAAUUGCAGUUUACUUGUCACGGUGCGGACUGCAGUCGAAUUCGGAAUUGGUGGAGAAGGGAUAUCCAGAUCUUGGGUGGGAUCCUGUGGAGGGAGAGAGAUACCUCGACUUCUUGAGAUUCUGUGUUUGGGUAAAUGGUGAGAGCGUUGAAGAAAACGCGAACUUAGUGAUUCGUCUUCUCAUCCGAAGACCCGAGUGUCUCGGCCCUGCUCUGCGUGGAGCUGGUGAUGGUCUAAUGAAAGCCAUCGUCGAUGCCAACAAAAUGUCAGAGCGCAUCGCAGAUCGUCGAAAACGUUUUAAACAGGUGCACGACCAACCCGAAGGUGACUUGGUUGGACAAUUUGAGCAUCCACUGCCGGAGUCGGAUGACGAUGAGGAUUACAUCGAUACUGGCGCUGCUAUUCUGAAUUUCUACUGCACACUCGUUGAUUUACUGGGCCGAUGUGCACCGGACUCUUCAGUUAUUGAACAGGGAAAGAACGAGUCCCUUCGAGCCAGAGCAAUUCUCCGUUCCCUGGUGCCCCUCGACGACCUCCAAGGAGUCCUCUCCCUCCGUUUCACUCUCCUAAACCCAGCGGUCGGCCAAGAACGGCCAAAAAGCGACACUCCCUCAGGUCUAAUCCCCGGCCACAAACAAAGUAUCGUCCUCUUCCUCGAGCGAGUCUACGGCAUCGAAACGAAAGAACUCUUCUUCCGCCUCCUCGAGGAGGCCUUCCUCCCCGACCUGCGCGCAGCGACAAUGCUCGACAGAAACGACGGCUACGAGUCCGACAUGGCCCUAGCGAUGAAUCGAUACAUUGGCGUCAGCAUUCUCCCCCUCCUCAUAAAGCACUCGAAAUUCUACAACGAGGCUGACAACUACGCAAGUCUCCUCGACGCCACACUCCACACAGUCUACCGCCUCAGCAAGAACCGAAUGCUGACCAAGGGUCAGCGAGAAGCUGUCUCAGACUUCCUGGUGGCAUUGACCAGCCAGAUGCAACCCAGUAUGCUCCUCAAACUCCUACGGAAACUCACGGUCGAUGUCUCAAAUUUAUCAGAAUACACAACAGUAGCCCUGCGUCUGCUCACUCUGCACUACGAACGUUGUGCCAAAUACUACGGAUCCACUGGAGUGGGUGCUCAAGGUGCUUACGGAGCCUCCAGUGACGAGGAAAAGCGUCUUACAAUGGUCCUCUUCGACAACAUCUUCGACUCCCUCUCAAAAAUGGAUUAUGACCCUGAACUAUUCGGGAAAGCCCUUCCCUGUCUCACCGCCAUCGGUUGCGCACUACCCCCUGAUUAUACAAUGCCCAAAACCUAUGACGACGAGUGGUACAGCAGUAAAACGGCGUCAACUCAAGCCCCAGACGGCCCUUACAACCCUCAGCCCAUCAAUACUUCCAGCGUGGUUCUCACAAACGACUUGAACCAAAUCGUUCAAAAGUUCUCAGAGCAUUACCACGACGCCUGGGCUAGUAGAAAGUUGGAGAACGGCUGGACCUAUGGGGAAUCCUGGUCGGAUACCAACAAAACUCACCCCAGAUUGAAGCCCUACAACAUGCUGAAUGAUUACGAGAAGGAACGCUACAAAGAGCCUGUCAGGGAGAGCUUGAAGGCAUUGCUGGCCAUUGGCUGGAGUGUUGAGCAUGCAGAAGUGGACACUCCUUCCACAAACCGAAACUCCUUGAGAAGAUCCUCCAAGAGCCAAGGAGAUGCUGCUAAUCCCUUCAACUACAAUCCCCAUCCUGUAGACAUGACCAACUUGACUCUCAGCAGGGAGAUGCAGAACAUGGCUGAGAGACUUGCUGACAAUGCCCACGAUAUCUGGGCGAAGAAGAAGAAAGAGGAGCUGAAUACGUCCGGCGGCGGAAUUCACACACAAUUGGUUCCCUACGAUCUCCUCACUGAUAAAGAGAAGAGGAAGGACAGAGAGAGGUCCCAAGAGUUCUUGAAGUACCUCCAGUACCAAGGAUAUAAACUACACAAGCCAAAUCGAGGUGGAGAUGCAGAAGUCACGGGACCCAAUGCAUCGGCUGAAAGCAGAUUUGCAUUCACACUUCUUGUGAAGCUCAUUGAAUACUUGGAUAAAGCGACCAUCAACAUGAAACUGCUGAAACCUUCGGACACGUACAGCAGACGAAUUAGCUUCAAAACAUCAACGAGAGACAUCAAGUUCUUCAGUAAGGUUGUGCUGCCACUCGUUGAGAAGUACUUCAGCACUCACAGAAACUACUUCAUUACUGUUGCAACACCUACGAAUAACGUAGGAGCGGCUUCGUUGAAGGAGAAGGAAAUGGUGGCUGCGUUGUUCUGCAAAUUAGCAAGUCUCCUUCGGUCUAGAUUAGCAGCGUUUGGUGCCGAUGUCAGAAUUACAGUCCGUUGUUUGCAGGUUCUAGUGAAGGGUAUUGAUGCCAAGUCAUUGGUGAAGAGUUGCCCAGAGUUCAUCAGAACCUCGAUGUUGACUUUCUUCAACAAUACCGCUGACGAUCUUGGGCAUACGAUCCUGAAUUUGCAGGAGGGCAAGUACAGCCACCUGAGAGGAACUCAUCUGAAGACAUCUACAUCGCUAUUUUAUAUUAAUAAUGUGGUCCUUGCCACGCUGACAGCCAUGUUCGAUCAUCUAGCUGCUUGUGAAUACGGAAGUGAUCUUCUUCUUGACGAGAUCCAGGUCGCUUCGUACAAGAUGUUGGCUUCGCUGUACACCUUGGGAAUUGAUUCCACUCUGACACAUGACAGGAAGUAUCUGAAGACGGAGAUCGAGAGGAACAAACCGAAUUUGGGCUCCUGCUUGGGAGCUUUCUCCAGUUGCUUCCCUGUGGCGUUUUUAGAGCCACAUUUGAAUAAGAAUAAUCAGUUCUCUCUGUUGAAUCGAAUCGCUGACCAUUCUUUGGAGGCUCAGGACAUCAUGACGAGGAUGGAGUCGAGUAUGCCGACGUUGGAGACGAUUCUGACGGAAGUGGAUCAAUUUGUGGAGUCUGAUAAGACUUACAGUGAUGCUCCUCAUGUUGUCGAUGUUAUUCUUCCGCUUCUUUGCUCUUAUCUGCCGUUCUGGUGGGCUCAGGGUCCUGAUAAUAUCACACCGACCGAGGGGACUUACGUCAGUAUGGUGACGAGUGAUCACAUGAACCAAUUACUGAAAAAUGUGUUGAAACUGAUCAAGAAGAAUAUAGGAAAUGACAAUGCACCCUGGAUGACUCGAAUCGCUGCUUACACUCAACAGAUCAUCAUCAAUUCUUCUGAGGAGCUGCUGAAGGAUCCGUUCUUACCACUUGCUGAACGUGUGAGGAAACGUACUGACACUAUGUUCCAUAAGGAAGAAUCUCUUCGAGGCUUCAUCAAGUCCUCCACUGAUGAUACGUCUCAGGUAGAGGCGCAGAUCCAGGAAGAUUGGCAGCUGCUAGUCAGGGAUAUUUAUGCUUUCUAUCCUCUACUGAUCAAGUACGUUGAUCUCCAGAGAAAUCACUGGCUCAGGAACAAUAUCCCUGAAGCUGAGGACCUGUACAACCAUGUGGCAGCGAUAUUCAACAUUUGGUCAAAGUCGCAAUAUUUCCUAAAGGAAGAGCAGAACUUCAUCUCUGCCAAUGAGAUCGACAACAUGAUCCUGAUCAUGCCCACAGCCACUCGGAGGACGGCCACUGUGACGGACGGAUCGGCACCUGGUGGAGGUGGCAAAAAGAAGAAGAAGAAUCGAGACAAGAAGAGGGACAAGGAUAAGGAGGUUCAGGCCUCCCUGAUGGUGGCUUGUCUCAAGCGUCUACUUCCAGUUGGUCUGAAUUUGUUCGCUGGGAGAGAGCAGGAGCUGGUGCAACAUUGCAAGGAUCGGUUUCUCAGUAAACUUCCUGAGCCUGACAUUGGGGAAUUUGCGAAAACACAGUUGACACUGCCAGAUAAACUAGAUCCUGCGGAUGAGAUGUCUUGGCAGCAUUAUUUGUAUUCAAAGCUAGGGCAGAAGAAAGAUUCUCUGGAGGCGGUGAAGCCUCAACAGCUGGAAGAUGUCGUUGCUAGGAUCACUGACAUGGCGAAGGUCCUGUUUGGGCUGCAUAUGAUAGAUCAUCCUCAGCAGCAGAGCAAGAAUAUUUAUAGAUCCGUGGUAUCGAUUGAAAGGAAACGAGCGGUUAUCGCUUGUUUCCGUCAAACUCCCCUACAUUCCUUACCCAGACAUCGUGCAAUCAACAUUUUUGCAAGAACUUAUUACGAGCUGUGGCUUCAGGAUGAAAAUGUUGGGCAGGAGAUAAUGAUUGAAGAAUUGACGCAAUCGUUUGAAGAUGCAGAGUUGAAGAAAAUGGAUAAAGCAGAGGAAGAAGGCAAGCCCGAUCCUCUAACUCAACUUGUAACGACUUUCUGUCGAGGAGCAAUGACUGAGCGCUCUGGAGCUCUCCAAGAGGAUCCCCUUUACAUGAGUUACGCCCAGAUUAUCUCGAAAUCCUGCGGUGAAGAGGAAGAAGAAGGAGAGGCUGAGGAAGGUGGGGGCGAGGGCGAGGAGAGUGGACCCUCCAUUCACCCGACGCAUAGACUCAUAUUGAGGCCAAUGCACAAAUUGAUGGAACAAGAGAUGGAAAAGCAAAAGCUCCUCUUUCACCAAACCCGUCUGGCAGACAGAGGUGUAGCCGAGAUGGUGCUGCUCCACAUAUCAGCCUGCAAGGGGAUUCCCAGUGAAAUGGUGAUGAAAACCCUGGAACUCGGAAUAUCAAUCCUCCGUGGUGGUAACAUCGAGAUCCAAAAAGGAAUGUUGAACCACCUGAAAGAGAAGAAAGACGUCGGUUUCUUCACCUCAAUAGCCGGUCUGAUGAACUCGUGCAGUGUCCUGGACCUCGACGCCUUCGAAAGGAACACGAAAGCCGAGGGUUUGGGAGUCGGUUCCGAUGGCGCAGCUGGCGAGAAGAACAUGCACGACGCCGAAUUCACCUGUGCACUGUUCAGGUUCAUUCAACUUACCUGUGAGGGUCACAAUCUGGAGUGGCAGAAUUACCUGAGAACUCAAGCAGGGAACACAACCACAGUGAACGUUGUCAUCUGCACUGUAGACUACCUCCUGCGGCUCCAGGAGUCGAUAAUGGAUUUCUACUGGCACUACUCCAGCAAAGAGCUCAUCGACCCAGCAGGAAAAGCAAACUUCUUCAAAGCCAUUGGUGUAGCCAGUCAAGUCUUCAACACAUUGACUGAAGUGAUCCAGGGUCCUUGCACCCAGAAUCAGCAAGCACUCGCCCACUCUCGUCUCUGGGACGCAGUGGGAGGUUUUCUCUUCUUAUUCUCUCACAUGCAGGACAAACUAUCGAAGCAUACGAGUCAAGUUGACCUCCUGAAGGAGCUCCUCAACCUCCAAAAAGACAUGAUCACAAUGAUGCUGUCCAUGCUUGAAGGAAACGUCGUCAACGGAACCAUCGGGAAGCAGAUGGUGGACACACUAGUAGAAUCCGCAGGAAACGUCGAGCUAAUUCUCAAGUACUUCGACAUGUUCCUCAAGCUGAAGGACUUGGUGACAUCUCCAAGCUUCCUGGAAAUCGAUCCUAAUAAUGACGGCUGGGUUCACCCCAAGGACUUCAAGGAAAAAAUGGAGCAGCAGAAGAGUUACACCCCCGAGGAGAUAGAAUUCAUGUUAGCUUGCUGCGAGACUAAUCACGAUGGCAAGAUCAAUUAUGCAGCAUUCAUGGGACGUUUCCACGAGCCUGCCAAGGAGAUUGGCUUCAACCUUGCAGUGCUGCUAACUAAUCUGUCAGAGCACAUGCCCAACGAGCCUCGACUUGCCCGAUUCCUGGAGACAGCAGGCUCAGUCCUGAACUACUUCGAGCCCUUCCUCGGUAGAAUAGAAAUUCUAAAUGGCCAGAAGAAGAUUGAACGAGUGUACUUCGAAAUAAAAGAAUCGAAUAUUGAGCAGUGGGAGAAGCCCCAGAUCAAGGAAUCAAAGAGACAGUACUUUUACACAACAGUAGUAGACGCUGGAGACAAGGAAUUACUGGAGACAUUUAUAAACUUCUGUGAGGACGCAAUCUUCGAGAUGCAGCACGCAAGCUCGCUGAUGGCAGUGGAGGACUCGGGCGGUCUCAAUAAAGUCAGAGAGUCCUCCUACACUUACCUGGGUGACGAAGAAGAGGAGAAGAACAAGGAUCCAUUCAGAAGAGGCCUGCAAGUUUUCAAAGACGGGCUCUCCCUCUUCGUCUCCAUGCUCUCACCUGGAAAUAUCAAGACCAAAAUAGCUGAGAUGCAGCAGAUGACAAUCCCUGAAUUAUUCGUCGGCUUCUUCAGGAUGAUGUUCUAUGCAGUCUACUAUUCCGGAUUCGGUGUUGGAGUUGUUCUCAAUUACUUCUUGAAGAUCCUGUUGACAUUGAUGAGGGGACCAAAUACAGAAGAGGAAGUGGUUGAGGUGAAGGAGGAGGAGAAGCCACUGAGGCACUUGCCAGCACUACCAGCAACGCCAGACGAAUCUAAUCUGCAGAUCCAAGCAUUUGGCAUGGAUAUAACGAAGGAGGAUGGGGGGCAGAUAAAGAUAGCGGCACACGAGUCGAAUACGUUGACCCCGCAGUCUAGUAUGGAGGAGGCUGGGGAGAGUACUCCAGAGGAGGGCGCAGGUGACGAAGCCAACAGACCUGGAGAGUCAGAGGGACCGAUGACAUUGACAGAGCUGCUUGGAGGUGAGCAGGCGAGGGCAGAGGCAGCUGCAGCUGCUGAGGCUGCAGCUGCCCAGGAAGCUGCAAUGGCUGCCAUUGCUGCCAACAAACAAGUCCCUUCGGUGGAACCUGCAGCAGUUCAUGGGACAGACUCUCAAUAUGGUAAGAGGAUUGUCUCCUAUUUGGCCAGGAAGUUCUACAGUCUCAAGUGGAUUGCUCUGGUGCUUGCCUUCUCCAUCAACUUCACUCUACUUUGCUACAGGGUGACGUCGCUCGAGGCUACUGGUGAUGACAGCAGCAAGGAAUCACUGACUGAGAUGAUUGGGGAAGCGUCUGGUGAAGGAUCUGGCUCCGGAGGGGGGGCUUUCGAGGGGAGUGGAGGGGGAGAGGGCUCUGGAGAGGACAUGGAGGACCUUCUGGAGUAUGUCGAUGUCCCCGAGGAUUAUCAGUACAUGUCUUAUGUUAUGAGAUUCAUGGCUGUCGUACAUACUAUGGUUUCACUUGCCAUGCUUGUUGCUUACUAUCAACUUAAAGUACCAUUGGCUAUCUUCAAAAGAGAAAAGGAAAUUGCUAGGAGAGUAGAGUUUGAUGGGUUGUAUAUUGCUGAAAGCCCUGAUGAGGACGAUAUCAAGGCACACUGGGACAAAAUGGUCAUAUCAGCUAAAUCAUUUCCGGUUAACUAUUGGGAUAAAUUCGUAAAGAAGAAGGUCAGGACGAAGUACAGUGAGACGUAUGAUUUUGAUUACAUCAGUAAUCUUCUUGGAAUGGAGAAGACAUCGUUCAGUCAACAAGAGGAGGGGGGCAGUGGGCCUAUUCACUGGAUUACGUCUAUCGACUGGAGAUAUCAGAUUUGGAAGGGUGGUGUCACCAUCACUGAUAAUUCAUUCUUGUAUAGUCUGUUUUAUCUCACAUUCUCGAUCGCUGGAAAUUAUAACUAUUUUUUCUUUGCUGCUCAUCUGCUUGAUGUUGCGGUGGGAAUCAAGGCCUUGAGAACGAUUCUUCAGUCUGUUACGCACAAUGGAAAGCAACUGCUCAUGACUGUGGGAUUGUUGACUAUUAUUGUGUAUAUUUACACGGUUAUUGCCUUCAACUUCUUCAGGAAGUUCUAUGUGCAGGAGGAGGAGGAGGGGGAGGUGGACAAGAAGUGUCAUGAUAUGUUGUCCUGUUUCACUUUCCAUCUUUAUAAGGGGGUCAGAGCUGGUGGGGGCAUUGGAGAUGAGAUUGAAGCACCUGAUGGGGAUGACUCGGAAUUGUAUAGGAUUAUAUUUGAUAUCACCUUCUUCUUCUUUGUCAUCGUCAUCCUGCUUGCUAUCAUUCAAGGUUUGAUCAUCGAUGCUUUUGGUGAGCUUCGUGAUCAACUCGAGAGUGUCAAAACCAAUAUGGAAAGCAACUGCUUUAUUUGUGGCCUUGGGAAGGACUAUUUCGAAUCUGUUCCGCAUGGAUUCGAUACACACGUACAAAAGGAACAUAAUCUUGCAAAUUACAUGUUCUUCCUCAUGCACCUCAUCAAUAAACCAGACACUGAGUAUACGGGUCAAGAGACUUACGUGUGGAAUAUGUAUCAACAAAGAUGUGGGAUUUCUUCCCAGUGGGUGACUGCUUCCGAAAGCAGAACGAAGCUGUGGAGGAGGAUGUCAAAAAGAAAUAGUUUUAAACAUAUUUUUUAAUUGAAAAUUUGAUGGCCCACGAGAGCGUUGAGACAACGGGGAACAUUAAAUUGAAGAUAUUAAUGAUUAUUACACCGACAAUCUCCAGUCGUAGCGAGCUUCGGGCAUCAUUCGAGCUCGUCUGUCGCAUUCGAAUAAAAUUUGUUAAAACUGUAGGAUUUUUUAAAGUCGAAUUUGUAUGAGGAAUCAUUAGAAAAAUUAAAUUUUCCGGCGGAAAAUAAAGAAAUUAGUUGGACGAACGUAAUUAAUGGUUUACCAUCGCCAAUUGAAGGAUUAGUACCUCCAGAAACUGUCGCAAUUAAAUUCACCUAUUUUUUCAAUUUUGUAAUGGCUCGAUGCGAUUGUAAAAUCACAGAGAUUCUUUGAUCUACGGAAAUUUAAAUAAUGUUGAACUCAAUCUCUAGAGGAUGACUUUUAAAACGCUUGGAAAAUGCUGACAGCACAAAUUAGGGAGAGAUUUCUCUGGAGAGAAACCAUUACGAAGAUCCGAUAAUUCAUGUCCCUAUCAGUGGCUAAUUAGUCAAUCAAUUUGUUAUCCUUGAAUAAGUUACAUUGAAUAUAUCCGUUAUUUAUUUAUGAGAAUUUACGAUAGAGGGAAUGAUCUGUUGUGAAUUGUUUUUUUCCUUCGAUUUUUCUUUAACAGUAAUGACUGAACUCAUCAUGUUGUUAAUUGAGAUUGUCAGAAUAUUGUAAAUAAAAGGAACACUCUUCGGCAGGGCUAUCUGAGAAUAAAAAUAUUUAAAAUUUUA